AUGGCUUUGAUAUUAAUUAUUGUUCAGUUUCUUUUAACUUUGACAAAUCAAGCAUUAUCACUGACACAAGGAUCAGAAUAUAAGUACAUGUACGACAACAAUGAAACCUGUAUUGAUGUCAAGAUGGAUGUUCUGUUUACCCUGAGUAAUGGAAAUGAAACUGUAAGAUUUGAUGGAAGUAAUUUCACUGUGAGAAGUGGAGAUUGUGCAACUGUAGGAGAGUAUCAGUCCGUAUUGACACUGACAAAUUCCAAUGAAGACUUUUUGAUCUUGACUUUCAUUGAUCUCCCUGAUUUAUCAGUAAACAUGAGCUUGAUGUUUACAUUUGCUCCAUUUGAAUUCUUUCCAGGAACACCAAUAGCAACUUCAACAAAUUUGUUGGAUACUGCAGACUUGAACCUUGGAAGAGACACCCAGCUGUAUCAGUGUAUACCCCCUCAGAGAAUUACAUUGAUUGGAGAGCUGGAGGACACAAUUUACACCAUGGACAUGGAUAUGUCUGGUGUCCAGAUUCAGGCUUUUAAUAUAAGAAAUGGAAAACUCAGCACUAAUGUGUUUGAGUGUCUUCAUGACAAAUGCACAUUGCAAACAAGGGAAUUCCCAGUAACAACAUUCUGGCCGAGCAAUGUAACAGUAGACGCAUACACAACUGCUUCCACUUAUAUGUCCACCAUUCCAGUAUCCCCUCAAACGUACUCAUACAAAGUCACGGAGAAUUCUAUAGCCUGUCUCAUCAUAGAGGGACACUUCCAACUAAUUGUGACUUAA